AUGUCUACUCUCAGCGCGGAGCUGAUUCAGUACCUACACCAGCUCUCGUAUCUGCCGAUUACCAGGCUGUACAAGACCAUGUCCCUGCAGCUGGCCAAGGUCGACUUGGACAUGGACCUUGACCUGAAGAGCACCAUACAAAUGCUGGAUUGCGAGCAGGAUGACCCCGGAGUCAUCACGCAGCUGCUUCACAGCAUCCCCCGGGAUCUCUUGUCGUCCAUCGCCAAAGGUACAGUGGCCUACGAUGUCUUCAACGGAGGACUAAACCAUCACAGUGGUGCCUUUGCCGGCACCUAUAUCGCAUCCCUCUCCAUCGACGCCGCAAAGGAGUUAACUCGCCCUGGGAAAUGGGAUCCAACCAUUCCGUCGUCUGCACGUCUCAAGGCUUUCGUCUGCCAAGUGGACAAGAAGAAUCACGGAGACCUCGAUGGGCCGUUGAGCAUCAGCUCCGACACCCAAAAGCUCCGGGUCAGCCAGAUGCGAGAUAGUCUCCAAAAGCGCAUAGAUUACGCGCUCGACCCGGUCGGCGACGAUGAACAGCACCAGAGCCCCGUUAUGGUCGGCUGUUCCGAGAAAAUUGACGUCCACAUUACAGCGCACGCCACCGACGGCCCGCUUACAAGCACGACGUAUACCUGGGCCCUGGUCGUCCGCAUCCUGGCCAACGGGAUGAACUUGAAAGUCGUCGACACCGUUCUCCCAGUUAUCAUUAUCACGGAUAGAGACCAGCUGAGCUUGUCCGAAAUGCUGGUCACCACCUUGGCUGAGUCUUUUGUUGUACAACAAGGCUUCAAUGUGAUACAAGCAGGUGGCCGCCGCGACAAGGGCGUGAGCCAGGCAUUCAUUAACCAGGGCCGGGACCAUGUUGCCAACUUGAUUCACUUCCAGGACACCAUGGACAAAACGAUGGCGCAGGUAGAUGCCGACUGCAAACGUAUCAAGGUACACCAAAUUCAACAGGAGACCCGCGAGCAUUUGGACAGCCUCCUCGCAAGGGAGGAAACCGACAACGCAGCCGUUGCCGAGCUUACUGCACAGGUGGACGAGCUAGCAACUCGCGACCAGGCAAACAUGGAGCUUGAGGCCAAGUUAAGGGAGGAGAUUGAGUCCAUGGAGAAGUCGAACGCGUACCGGGAUGAGCUGUCGGCUGCGCUCGAGAUGGCAACGGAGGCUAUCAGGGGUUGGCUGGAGGAGCCAAACUAA